AUCUUUGAGACCAAGGCCUCAAGCCACCAAGGAAAAUGAAGGGCCUCUACCAGGCUGCCGGCCGGAUUCUCGUCACUCUGGGAAGCCUCAGUGUAUGCUCUGGAGUUACUGCUUUCUUCCCUGUCUUUUCUUACAAGCCUUGGUUCACAGGAUGGAGUGUUUGGAUUGCUUGUCCUAUCUGGAAUGGAGCUUUGGCCAUCACAACUGGUGUGCUUCUACUGUUGGCUUACAGAGAGUGGACCCAGAAGUACCUGUGGGAAGCUACUUUCACCUUUGUGAUUCUGAGCAUUAUGGGAUGUCCACUUCAUUUUGCAAUAGCCUUGGAAUCUGCUUUCCUGGGCCCAUAUUGCUUCUAUUCAUUUUCAGGGAUUGCAGGGACUAAUUACCUUGGCUAUGCAGUUACCUUUCCUUAUCCAUAUGCAAAAUUCCCAUUAGCCUGUGUGGACCCACCACACUAUGAAGAGUACCACCUGACACUUCAAGCCCUCGACCUGUGCCUAAGCUUUACCCUGCUCUGUACAUCCUUGACAGUGUUCAUCAAACUUUCUGCAAGACUUAUCCAGAAUGGACACAUAAACAUGCAACUCCCUGCUGGGAACCCAAACCCUUUUUCACCAUAAAAGAAUUGGAAAAAACUAAAGUUCAUAUGGAACCAAAAAAGAGCCUGCAUAGCCAAGACAAUCCUAAGCAAAAAGAACAAAGCUGGAGGCAUCACACUACCUGACUUCAAACUAUUCUACAAGGCUACAAUUACCAAAAGAGCAUGGUACUGGUACCAAAACAGAUAUAUAGACCAAUGGAACAGAACAGAGUCCUCAGAAAUAACACCACACAUCCACAACCAUCUGAUCUUUGACAAACCUGACAAAAACAAGAAAUGGGGAAAGGACUCCCUAUUUAAUAAAUGGUGCUGGGAAAACUGGCUAGCCAUAUGUAGAAAGCUGAAACUGGAUCCCUUCCUUACACCUUAUAUAAAAAUUAACUCAAGAUGGAUUAAAGACGUAAAUGUAAGACCUAAAACCAUAAAAACCCUAGAAGAAAACCUAGGCAAUACCAUUCAGAACAUAGGCAUUGGCAAAGUAUUCAUGACUAAAACACCAAAAGCAAUGGCAACAAAAGCCAAAAUUGACAAAUGGGAUCUAGUUAAACUAAAGAACUUCUGCAUGGCAAAAGAAACUAUCAUCAGAGUGAACAGGCAACCUACAAAACGGGAGAAAAUUUUUUCAAUCUACCCAUCUGACAAAUGGCUAAUAUCCAGAAUCUACAAAGAACUUAAACAAAUUUACAAGAAAAAAACAACCACAUCAAAAAGUAGGCAAAGGAUAUGGACACUCCUCAAAAGAAGACAUUUAUGAAGCCAACAGACACAUAUAAUCCCAAAGGAUUAUAAAUCAUGCUACUAUAAAGACACAUGCACACGCAUGUUUAUUGCAGCACUAUUCACAAUAGCGAAGACUUGGAACCAACCCAAGUGUCCAUCAAUGAUAGACUGGAUUAAGAAAAUGUGGCACAUAUACACCAUGGAAUACUAUGCAGCCAUAAAAAGGGAUGAGUUCAUGUCCUUUGCAGGUACAUGGAUGAAGCUGGAAACCAUUAUUCUGAGCAAACUAUCACAAGGACAGAAAACCAAACACUGCAUGUUCUCACUCAUAGGUGGGAAUUGAACAAUGAGAACACUUGGACACAGGGUGGGGAACAUCACACACUGGGGCCUUUCAGUGGGUGGGAGCCUGGGGGAGGGAUAGCAUUAGGAGAAAUACCUAAUGUAGAUGAUGAAUUGAUGAGUGUGGCAAACUAACAUGGCACAUAUAUACCUAUGUAACAAACCUGCACGUUGUGCACAUGUACUCUAGAACUUAAAGUAUAAUAAAAAAAAGAAAACAGUG